AUGAACCAAUAUUACAUUCUGGUCAAAAUAGGAGAAGGCACAUUCUCUGAAGUCCUGAAAGCUAAAUCAAUGAUAACUGGAUAAUUGGUUGCAAUCAAAUGCAUGAAAAAUCGAUUCGACAGCGUGGAUUAAGUAAAGAACCUAAAAGAAAUCCAAGCCUUGCACUAAUUAUAACAACAUCCCAAUAUUGUGAAACUCAAUGAAGUUCUCUAUGAUGAACCGAGUGGAAGAUUGGCUUUGGUAUGCGAAUUAAUGGAAAUGAAUCUUUAUGACUGCAUAAAGAAUAGAACUUCCUAUUUGAGCAUGGCCAAAGUUAAAAAAUACAUGCAUCAAGUAUUAAAAGCCUUAGAUUACAUGCACAAACGCAACUUCUUUCACAGAGAUAUUAAACCAGAAAACAUUUUGAUUAAAAAUGAUAAUGUUAAAGUAGCUGACUUGGGUAGUUGCAAAGGUAUACACUCUACCCAUCCAUACACUGAAUACAUAAGUACAAGAUGGUAUAGAGCACCUGAAUGUCUGAUGACAGAUGGUUACUAUGACCAAAAAAUGGAUCUCUGGGGAGUUGGAAGUGUGAUGUUUGAAAUUAUUGCAUUGUAACCCCUAUUUCAAGGAGAAAAUGAAUUAGAUCAAAUUAAUAAGAUCUUCAAAAUCCUAGGAACUCCUGAUUCUGAACUCUUGAACAGAUUCAAAUCUUAAGCUUCUCAUAUGGAAUUCAACUUCAAACCUUAAAAGGGAAUAGGAUUGGAAAGAUUAGUCCCUCCACAUGCUGGAUCUGAUUGCAUAGACUUACUCUACAAGUUGUUGUAGCUAGAUCCAGUUAAGAGAAUCAGUGCGGAGGAGGCACUUAGACAUGAGUUCUUUGAAGAAUUUUGGGAUGCUCCUAUGUCUCAGUCAAGUGAUAGUACUCAAUUUGGAAAGGCCAUCAAUAUCGCCAAACCAAGGAAGAGAUUGAAUAAGGGGAUCUAUCCUGGUACAAUAAAGUUGGAAGUGAAGUUGGAGGGCAAGUUGAAUUAAUCUGAUGAUGAGAACGAGAAGGUCAGAGAUGGAAGUUUGCACUCCAAAUUACCUCCUAUCACGAAACCACACAUGAAACCUAAGGUUAAAAAUCCUUAUGUUAAGAAAAAACUGUAUGAUGACUAUAUUAUCGUUGGGAAAAAAGCUUUUAAUUGA